CGACGCUGACGCCGCCUCCCUGCCUGGAAACCCCGUAGCCUCGCGCUGUGAUACCGUUGGUCGGAGGUGUUGAAAGAAGCGGCGGAGGCAGCAGACGAGCCGCACAGAAAUGAACAACCAGAACGGCGAUGAGAUCGGGAAACUUUUUGUUGGUGGCCUUGAUUGGAGUACAACGCAGGAAACCCUGCGCAGUUACUUCUCCCAGUAUGGAGAAGUCGUCGACUGUGUGAUAAUGAAAGACAAAACAACGAAUCAGUCAAGGGGAUUUGGAUUUGUAAAGUUCAAAGAUCCGAACUGUGUUGGCACAGUCUUGGCCAGUAGACCGCACACACUGGACGGCAGGAAUAUUGAUCCAAAGCCUUGCACACCCCGAGGCAUGCAGCCUGAAAGGACCAGGCCAAGAGAAGGAUGGCAGCCGAAGAGUCCUAGAACUGAAAGCAAUAAAUCUAACAAGGUCUUUGUGGGUGGAAUUCCACAUAACUGUGCGGAAGCUGAGCUGAGAGAAUACUUCAAGCGUUUUGGAGUGGUGACCGAAGUCGUGAUGAUUUAUGAUGCAGAGAAGCAGAGGCCGAGAGGUUUUGGAUUUAUAACUUUCGAGGACGAACAAUCAGUGGACCAGGCUGUCAACAUGCAUUUUCACGACAUCAUGGGCAAAAAAGUGGAAGUGAAACGCGCUGAGCCUCGCGAUAGUAAAAGCCAAUCUCCAGGAGAUGCAGCUUCUAACCAGUGGGGAAGUAGAGGAAUGCAGAAUGCUGCCAAUGGAUGGACAGGACAGCCUGCUGCCACGUGGCCACAAAGCUACAGCCCCCAAGGUAUGUGGAUGCCAGCUGGGCAGACAAUUGUCUUCUCCACAGGCGGUUAUGGGCCUCCUGCAGGCCGGGGUGCUGCUCCUCCACCUCCGCCUUUUUCCUUCCUAGUGUCAGCACCACAAGGAGGAUUUCCUGCACAAGGCUUUCCACCAGGGUAUGCAACACCACCUCCAUUUGGCUAUGGCUAUGGCCCACCCCCUCCCCCUCCUGAUCAGUUCGUCACAUCAGGAGUUCCAACGUCACCUGGAACUCCCGGAGCAGCGCCAUUGGCGUUCCCUCCACAAGGGCAAUCAGCUCAGGAUCUCAGUAAACCCCCUGGUGGUCAGCAAGACUUUGCUUUUAGCCAGUUUGGGUAUGGACAGGACAUGAGUGGGUAUGGACAGAGUUUCACGGACGUAAGCCAACAGCCCCAAUCUUAUACAACAGGACCCACUGCACCAGCAUCGGCAGGCCCGGCCGCUGGGGGAAGUGGCGCGGGACGAGGGCAGAAUCACAAUGUGCAAUUCCACCCUUACAGACGUUAACAUCAGGGAAGCGUAUACACAGAGGAGACUAGAGGAUACAUCCACCUCUGAACUUGUGACAAUCACCUGGUGAAGACACAUCCUGCUAGAGACUUUUGGAGAUUCUAAGUUUGAAGGAGAAGCUGUGGGUGUUUGGACUACAGUUUUUACAUCUUUUUUUGACCCAUCAGCACAAAUAAAGCCAAUGAGUCACUGGUUCCAAACAGGGUUUUCAAAACAUCUGCAGCUUUAACAGAACUCUUCAGGUUUAUUGGUUCAUUUUUGUUUUCCUAUUUUUUGGGGGAAAUAUUUUUUCUGAGCCUUUGUUUUACCAUGCAUUGUAAACUUUUAUGUUUAAAGAUAUAAAGUAUAUACAUUUAAAGAUUGUGAAUUUUUUAAAAGGAAAUUUUCUACUAUGUAUGCAGGUUUAUUUUUUAAUUUAAUUGCAGGGUUUCCGGUGACACUGGAGUUCAGACAACGUUUAACUCCUUGCUUCUGAAUAUAUUUUCCUUAAUUUUAUUUUUGGGGGUUGUGGGUUGUUGAGUGCAAUAAGUCAGCAUCUCCGAGUUACCCAAUGAGUUCCUACUGAGUGUAGUUCUUAAUUUUGUUACUUGACAUGAGGCAAAGUGCAGGAAACAGCCACCUGCUCCAAAGUCACCUAUGUAGAGACUUGAUUUAUGCCCCGUGGCUGUCGCAUCCUUUUUGCAGAUAUUCCAGGGCAAAUGGAGCCAUCUCUCGAUGUAAAUUCCUCAGGCUGAAGGUUUGCAGUGCAUUUUGCACUAACUGGUGAAUACCUCCUGGUUUGAAUAAAGAAAAAAAUCCUUUUGGAUUAAAA